AUGAUGUCCUCGGCCUUGGCACCAAACACACAGGCUCUGGUGGCUGACUUUGUAGGCUAUAAGCUGAGGCAGAAGGGUUAUGUUUGUGGAGCUGGCCCCAGAGAGGGCCCAGCUGCUGACCCAUUGCACCAAGUCUUGCAGGCAGCAGGACAUGAGUUUGAGACUCACUUCAGGCAUACUUUCUCUGAUCUAGUGGCUCAGCGGCAUGUGAACCCAGUCUCAGCCCAGCAAUGCUUCACCCAGGUCUCUGAUGAACUUUUCAAAGGGGGGACCAACUGGGGCCAUCUUGUGGUCUUCUUUGUCUUUGGGGCUGCCCUCUGUGCUGAAUGCAUCAACAAAGAGAUGGAACCACUGGUGGGACAAGUGCAGGAGGAAAUGGUGGCCUACCUGGAGACAAGCCUAGCCAACUGGAUACACAGUAGUGGGGGGGCCAGGUGGGAUUCACAUCUCUGUACUUUAAGCUUUCUUAAAUAUUUUUAA